UUUGCUGUGGAAAAGAAAAAUAACCCAGCAAGAUUUGGGACUUCCUCUGCUAAAUGGCUUUAUCACAGCAGAUUACUUUGAGCUGAUCUUUAACCUCCCUUGGGACAGUCAUACAAAAACAACUUGGCAUGACCUUUGCUCAAUUGUCUUUUAAGUACAAGAAGUGGGAAUUCCACUGUGCAGUCCAGAGCCACCCAAGGUUCUCUCAAGGAAAGUGUGAUAGCUGCAGAGAGAAGUGCAAGAGAAGCACAGUAACGAAGAUGGUAGGCAGCCAAAAACACGGUACAGAAGAGGAAGCUCAGGAAACUCCCAGAUUUCAACGAAAGACUCUGACGGCACCUGCUCCAUUUGCAGACGAAACAAGCUGUCAGUGCCAAGCCCCCCAUGAGAAGCUAACCAUUGCACAAGCCCGCCUGGGAACACCAGUUGACAGACCUGUCAGAGUGUAUGCAGAUGGGAUAUUUGACCUCUUCCACUCUGGCCAUGCUAGAGCUCUUAUGCAAGCCAAAACCCUCUUCCCAAAUAGCUACUUACUAGUAGGAGUUUGCAGUGAUGAUUUAACACAUAAAUUCAAAGGCUUCACUGUGAUGAAUGAAACUGAGCGAUAUGAAGCCCUCAGACACUGUCGUUACGUGGAUGAGGUCAUCAGAGAUGCACCCUGGACACUGACACCUGAGUUCCUUGAAAAACAUAAGAUUGACUUUGUAGCCCACGAUGACAUCCCGUACUCCUCCGCUGGCUCGGAUGAUGUAUACAAACACAUAAAGGAGGCAGCUACCUGCCGCAGUGCCUGGUCCUGCCGUGCUUUCUCAGCGGGCUCUCUUUUCCCACUUUGCUCAGGAAUGUUCGUACCAACGCAGAGAACCGAAGGUAUUUCCACAUCGGAUAUCAUCACAAGGAUUGUCCGGGACUACGAUGUGUACGCCCGGCGCAACCUCCAACGAGGAUACACCGCCAAAGAGCUGAAUGUUAGUUUUAUAAAUGAGAAGAAAUACCGCUUUCAAAACCAAGUGGACAAAAUGAAAGAAAAAGUCAAGAAUGUGGAGGAAAAAUCAAAAGAAUUUGUUUACAAGGUGGAAGAGAAGAGCCAUGACCUCAUUCAGAAAUGGGAAGAAAAGUCCAGGGAAUUUAUUGGCAACUUUUUAGAGCUGUUUGGACCCGACGGAGCGUGGAAGCAAAUGUUCCAGGAACGAAGCGGCCGAAUGCUCCAGGCUUUUUCGCCCCGGCAGAGCCCAAACAGCAGUCCUACGCGAGGCCGCUCUCCAUCCCGCUCUCCAUCUCCACCCUGGGUCUUCAAUAAAGCCUCCCCUCCCUCUUCUCCAAAAGCUGCCUCUGCCUCCCUCAGCAGCAUGAGUGAGGGAGAUGAGGAUGAAAAGUAAAACAAAGAUCUAUUUUUUUAACCAUGAGACAGAAGAACAAGCUACGAACUCAACCACUGGAUGGGGAGAAGCGUGAGGAACAUCAGGGGUAUCUCUGACAGCAGGGAACGUGCUCUGGGAGAAGAUUUCGAAAACGGCCUGGAGCACAGCGAGGGAGAUCUCAGGAAGAGCUUAUCCCAUCCCCACCCUCUGGCGGUGCCUGGAGGCCCAGCCAGCAGUGCUUGCCAGACACGGUACCGGGGACUGACAGAAAAACAUACACCUUUGUGCAAGUUCCUGUCCAUGCGUUGCUGCUUACGGCUGCUGUGGCCAGGCCAGGCUGGUGGGGAGCUCUGCACCAGGUGGGGCUGGCAGGAGGGGCCCGCUCGGCUCCUGAUCCGGAACCCAGCACACAGUGACGGCUGUGGCCUGCGGAUGGAGAAUAUGCAGUUGCACUGGAUCCUGCUAACCUCGAGCUCUUCUGGCACGUGAAGGAAUGGCAUUGCUGCAGCAAAUACAUUCAGAAAUGGGAAAUAAAAUUUUACCUUUUUUUUUUUUUGAAUGAAAUCUGCCCCAGACCCCAAACCAUGCCAGCGAAAUGGAGAGUUCUCCAGUUGAGUUGGCAGAAAUCCAUUUAAUAUACUCAACCUAUUGAAUGCUGCUUGUUGACCAAGCCUCUGUACGGGGCGUAUGUAAAGAGUGAGGCUGUAUUUGCUUUAUCAAAUCGCUCUCCGUGUUCCCAGUGCCUGAACAGCGACCUGAUAACUUCUGUUUUGCUCCCCUGACUUUGCACUUUGGAGGCAAGAAAGUCAAUGAGAAGACAGCCCUAGCUGGAAUGUGUUGUUGUAGGAAAUAGAGAGUUUGAAGACGUUGGUGAUUUUUACUGGUGAAUUCUAGAACACACAUGUGGGAUGCCAAGGUCUGGGGACGUGGCCUCCUAGGAAACCCUGCUGCUCCCAGCUACGAAUCACCAAAGGACGAGCACAGGAGCGCUGCUGUCCUCACAUGCUACUCAUCAGCUGGUUAAACAAAUUUCCCAAACUCUAAACAAGACGUGUUCACAGACACUCUGCUCCCGCAGGGGUCCUGAGGCUGUUCCUGUACCCUAAUGUGGACAAAAAGCUGGAAAAAAACCAAUGGAAACCUUUUAAACAGGAUUAGGCAUGGGGAUUUUCUUUCUCCGUCCAUGACCCCCGCGCAGCCCUAAGCAGAACCACAGAAAGGGUAGCGGGAGUGAAGCUUCCCCCUCCCCUCGAUGCACUACCUGAUCUCCUUCCAGCUUGGCAAAGCCAGAGCUGCUGCCGUACGGCUCCACCGUUCGGUCCUUCAGUUGGCACCUGGUGAGGUGGCUGCAGACCUGCAGGAUUUCUGAGCAUGGGGGACCCCCAGCCCCCAAGGGCUGCCCUGCCCCACAGCUCAGAAACCCGGCGGAAACACCCAGCCCACAUCGCUGCGGCAGGGCUGUGAAGCAACGAUGCGCUUUUGUCCCAAGGUUUGCCUGGCAAAGCCUGCCUCAGUGCACGGGCACGUUGGUGGCUCUCCAUCCCAGUGCCAGGUUUGGUGCCAGGCCAGCAAGGUACAGGCUGCCGCUGCCUGCCUCUCCCACCAGCAGCCGGGCAGGCACAGGCCUCAGGCCACUGUGCCACUGCUGCCUGGAGCUGCAAACCCAUGUGGACACACAGCCUGCUGCGGGCAUUUGCUGGUUCUCUGCACAGGCAGCACAGGAAACACUGGGAGAGGGAAGGCUCUGAGCAUUCCUCUUGGGAAAGAGCUGAAGGAACAAGACACCCGGGUGCCUGAGCACGCGGGCUGGUAGUACCUGCUGGCAGCUGUCCCCCCCCAGGCUACCGCCCUUACCUCACUGGGUGACCUAGUAGGCAAACUCCCGUCGCUCCUUCCCUACCAGGUGCUUCACCAGGCAGGGAAAUUACAGACCCUUGUACCAGGCACCAAAUAGACUCCACGCUCCGUUCAUUCCCUACGGGUGUCAUCCAUUCCCCACUACGGGGUAACGGAUUUUUGUUUGGGAACGCUUUGCCAGACACUUCUCCAACUACCACAAAACCGAGCACAUCAUACCUUGGGGCAUGCUUUGUCCUCUGGAGUCAAGCUAGUUCCUUCUUCACAGAGCUGCAAAAAGAUGAGCAGGGCACAGGGUGAACUACCGCUUUCACUAGGAAGUGUGAGGGGAGAGCCACAGCUAGUCCAGCUGCCGCCAGCUGUGCACCCGAUGGCACGGUGCAAUUAAGACCUUUCUCAGCCUUAGGCAACCUGUUACUGUAAUUUCAUACCUGGGUUGCACUUGUUAGUUUUUCUGAUCCUUUGCAAGUCUUAAGUCUUCCCAUCACAAACCACUCCUCCACCGCGGGAACCGUCUGCUCUCUACUGGUGCUGUUCAUACGACGAGCCAUGUCCAAAUGCAAUGGAGGUGGGCAGGUUUUUGUUCUUGGCUUUUACUGUUUGGUUUUUUUGUUUUAAUUUCAUAGCACUUAGUGUUCGGCAGCCCUCGUUCAGUGGUUUGAGUGGAAGACAGCGCCACAACUUGUAAAUAGGAACUGGAGAAAAACUCGCCAGUGACCUCUUAACAGAAGGUGUUUCUCGGAGUCACAGGUGGCUAUCCAGCGACAAAGCCAUACACUGUACCAGACGUCCUUUCACAUUUAGGAUAUCGAUAAGCUGAAGCCUUUGCCCCGCUGGUACAGACACAAAUACCCAUGUGCUGUCUCCAGCAAACCAGAACCUCAUUGCCUCUGGACACGUAGAGGGCAAUUUUGCACUUCUGAGUCAUGGUUGGGUUUUAUUUUUCAUGAGCGUUGCUUUAAUUCAGUCCUAUUUAUUAGCCAAGCUCCACGGGAAAAAUAAACAGCGUACAACAGAUACUGCUGCCUCUCACCUUCAUUUACAGCACCUUUGGACACAUAAAUACAAGGCCUGGCGUAGCCCCCACUGAUGGCACAGUGCUUGCUGUCCCCAUCCUUCGUACCCUAGGGCUUUACAACCCCACAAACGCCACUAGAGCGGCCUCUGCAGCCUGCCCCAAAUCCCGCUGCUCCAGUCACUACUGCUGCGGUCGGCUCUGAGGGGAUCGCCUCUCUCCUUGCCCUCGCUCACGUGUUUCUGGCUGCAAGGGAAAGGUGGGGAGACGCUGCCUCAGCUGGCAAGGCGCAGCCUCCGACACCAGCAAGUCUGAGCCCUCCCUUGCCCUCUGCCCCAGCGCAGUGGAAUCAGGAGCCGCUAUUUUAAUUCUUACUUCUAAAGCAGAAGGAAAGAGGCAGUGCUUUUGCAGCCAUCCUAGUUCUGCUUCUGAAAACCGUCCCCAGCAGCAGCAGCGGCUGCGAUGCUCCUGUGUGCGCCAACGUGGCUUGCAGCUGUGCCGCAGUCCUGCACAACCGCAGCAGCAAACGUUAGCCACAGGGACAACUCUCGACGCCGGCCUUUGGACAUUACUCUUCCUCCAGCUAAGUCAGUCUGAUGCCUGAAUGUUCCUGCUGCACUCUUUCCCUGUUGUCCUUUCUGUAAGAAAGGGAUUAUUACCGCAGCGGCUGUAGAAAAGAUUUUUCUACAUUAUUUAUUUAUUGUCGGUCCAGCCUCAGGCAGGGCAGAGCCGAGCCAGCAGGCGCGGACUAAGCACUUCCCAGCUACGGUACUUUUAACUGCAGAAUAAGAACAAAUUUCCAAGUGAUUUGGCAUGGCAGAGAAACUAUUUAAAGGCACAGGAUCCACAUCAAAACGCUGCCUGCUAAUACAAGCUUUAUCACUUAAGAUGGAUUUGGGGCUGUCCUGAGCAGCGUCUUGCAUCACCUGGGAGAUCACGAGCCAUCCUCGUACGCUCCCAGGAGCGGGAAAGUCAGUCCGCCUGUCUGCAGCCCCGCUUCUGUUUCGCCACCGAGCUGCCUCCACAGCCCCGUGGUGCAGAGGCACCACGACUGACCCGACGCCUGCCCACAAUCUCACCGCUUUUCAGGUGCCCGUUCUGCGCACAAAUACCCCUGCGCUGCUGACAGCGCUCGGGGAAGGGACGACGGGGAGCCUUGUUCACACCAGGGACAACAUGAGCCAUCGCCAAGUCGGGCCCUCCCAGGCACGGUGACACAACGCAAGAGCUGUGGCACCCUGUGGCAGCUCCUCCCUCCGCUGCAAACAAGCGCCGUGUUAGACUUGGAGCAAACGUUAAGUCCUGUAGUAUUUAAUUUUGUAACUGGUAUUUCAUUGCACCAUAGAAACCCUGAAAACACUCGCAAACAGCACGACUGGAGGUGGUUGGAAAGUCCCCACUGUAAAUUCGUACGAGCUCGUAUAAAACAGGCAGGAGAAUGUUUGAAAUGUGACUGAAGAAGCAGAGGUGAUUUUCUGAAGCACAAGGCAGAGCUCUUGUGCCAGCGCUUGCGAAACAUCUACAGUACUUCCUUGGCUUUAAAUUCUUCCAUCAUUUAGGCAUAAAAUACAACAUCGUGUAACCUCACUCACCAGGAUGAUUUAACUCAAAAGGCUCACAAAAGAUAAAUCAAACAUUCAAAAAAACCCGAUUAUAAUUUUUUGUGUGUAUUAAAAAUUAUUUCCAAGUAUUGUAAGGACACGAUUCUCAAGAAAAUAUUUAGAAUAGCACAAAACAGUUACUGACAGCUGGAAGUUGGACAAAGUUAACAAUAGGAAAUGAGCAUUUCAAAUAAAGCCGCAGAGGAAUCCCGACUUCCUAAGGGGGCUGGCUCAGAGCUAGGACCAUUUGUCAAGGAUAUGGCUGCAAUAAAUCCCUAGCCCAUUCACAGAAUCACAGGAUGGUAGGGUUGGAAGGGACCUCUGGAGAUCACCUAGCCCAACCCCCCUGCCAGAGCAGGGUCACCCAGAGCAGGUU